UGUAAAACAGUAAGUGAAAUAUUAUUCCACAGAGUUUGACGAGUGUGGUGGUGGGAUGAAAAAAUAGUGAAAAAAAUUUGUAAAUCUGUGUGACGUUUCACCACUAAUUCGGCACUAAUUUCACGCAACGAGAAUUUAAAGAAAUUUCUGGUGGAACGUUUUCGAUUAAAAAGUGAUAAUAUUGACACAGGUGUUGCUCAGAGUAUCGGCAAAUCAUCGUUCGGUAGAUUCAGGAGAGAAUUUCGACGAAUGUUAAAUGGCUAGCGACGAGCCCGCUCCGAUGUUCGAUCAAGAGGUCGACUGGAAAAUAGCGACUUCGAUUUAUCAAUUCCAUGCAACUGACAUCCAUGGCAAUGACGUACACUUCAGUAAAUAUGAGGGACACGUUGUCGUAGUGGUCAACGUAGCAUCCGAGGACGAAAAGUCAACCUCGGAGCCGGGCACUUCGGAAGAAAUUUUAGAAUAUGUAGAACAAUUUUCCUCUGCGAAAUUUGAAUUGUUCCAAAAAGUUGAUGUCAAAGGAGACGCUGCCCACCCCUUGUGGAAAUGGCUGAGAAUGUACCUUGAGGAAAGCUACAAUCAUGAUAUCACGGGGAAUUUCGGCAAAUUUGUGCUUAACAACGGUGGCCAUAUCAUAUGCUACUUCGGGCCAAACACUCUCCCCAGUUCUCUUGGAGUAGUCAUUGCAUCUUACGUUUGAGCCUUUGAUUCAGAGUCGCUGAUCGUUUAACGAUUAUUGGAGAAUGAUUAUAUAAUAUGCGAUUAGCACAAAGAGUCGAUUUGUUGUGAAAAAUAAAUUUCAUAGUUCUGAAAGAAAAA